AUGGGUAAGCACCACAAACACCCAGGAGGGCCCGGGGAUGCUGGAGGCAUGCGUCACCACAGGAUCAGCUUUGACCAAUAUCACCCGUGUAGCUUCGGGAAAGUUGGUGUGCGGCAUUACUGCUUGAAGAGGAACCAGAGCUUCUGCCCGGCUGUCAACCUGGAUAAAUCAUGGACGUUGGUCAGCGAGCAGACACGGGCUAAUGCAACAAAAAACAAGACCGGGGCUGCUCCCGUCAUGGAUGUUGUGCGAUUGGGAUGCUACAGAGUUCUGGGGGAGGGGAAGCUCCCUGAGCGACCUGUCAUCCUGAAGGCCAAAGUCCGUCAGUAG